CAUAGUAGUUUCACGAUGGACAGACCAAGCACGAGCCACCAGUCCGUGGAGAAGAUAGAAAUGUUCGAAGUAAGGGAACAUGUGCCUUACCAGGCCGAAGUGACGCGGGCGCCAACGACAUACGACGAAGAAAGUGGAGAUGUGUAUUCCUCCUCCUGGUCUUCCGCCUGGAGGGCUAUCUGCCAGCUGGUUAACCUGCUGCAUCAUAUGCAGAUAAUCGUGGUUGUGUUCUGUGUUUGGCACUUCGCCCUGACGUCCCAGCCUGAUGGUUCCAUCACGAAUCUGCAGCUCCAUAUCGUGUUCGCGGGGACUGGUUAUCAAUUCUUCUUGGUAGAGUCAGUUCUGACGCUGCACAAGCAUAAUGCCUGGUCGUUCCAACUCAGCAAGGACAGCAGAAGAGUCAUCCAUGGUUGUCUCCAGCUCAUCGGCUCGCUCUUCGUCAUCGCCGGUACCUUCCUAGGGCUGGCCCAAGUGAACAUGACGAUUAACACACCUCAUGGCAUUUGCGGUGUAAUAGCUCUAAGCUUCACACUCCUAAGUUUCGUGUCUGGAAUUAUUGCGCUCUUCUCCUCAAAAGUGCGUCUACUCAUAAGAAGCAACCCGGUGAAAAUAUUCCACAUGUUAGUCGGCUUGUUCGCUAUAUCCAUGGGUCUUAUCACUAUGAUUUUGGGCUUCAAUAUGGAGUAUUUCACCACAUCUCAGGGGGGCUUGGCUACAGCCCUGAUAGUUUUUGUAGUUAUGAUCCUCAUGUAUAUUGUAGUACAGCCCAUAGUGGAUAUUGUGUCGACAGCGCGUAAUUCGGUUUGACUAGUCCCUGGGUCAAAUGAUGGGGACAGCCAUGCUUAGAUUUUGUAUUUUAUUUUAUCGGUGUGUGUGUGUGUUUUGGUCUAAGUGUAAAUAAAAUAUUAUAUGGGCAAUUAUAAUGCUACUAAUUUAUAAGAUUUUAGCAGCGCAAUAGGUACUGAAAUACAUUUGUUUAUGAA